AUGUCUCUGCAGGGGUUUCCUUCUUCCAUCUCAUCUGCAGAGAGUGAAGGUGGAGAAAGUUGCUUAACAGCCUUAAGUCAAUGCGAAAGGAUAAUGAGUAAUAUCUUGUCCAUUGUUGGAAACAUUAAUUUCUAUGACAUCAGAAAGACAUGCGAGGAACCAUUGUGUUAUGACUUCUCAAAUCUUGAGACUCUUCUAAAUAAGAAAUCAGUUAGGGAUGCUUUAGGUGUUGGAGAUAUAGAGUUUGUUUCAUGCAGCAAAGUAGUAUACAAUGCUAUGCUGCAAGAUUGGAUGAGAAACCUUGAAGUGGAUAUUCCUUCACUUCUUGAAGACGGAAUCAAGGUUCUUAUAUAUGCUGGAGAAUUUGAUUUUAUUUGCAAUUGGCUUGGGAAUUCAAAUUGGGUUCAUAGCAUGAAAUGGUCAGGUCAAAAACAGUUUGCGGCAUCCAAAACAGUUCAGUUUUUGGUUGAUGGUACAAAAGCAGGAUUGUUGAAUAGCUAUGGACCUCUCUCUUUUCUAAAGGUGAAUGGUGUCGGACAUAUGGUUCCUAUGGAUCAACCAAAAGCUGCACUUCAGAUUGAGAAAUACAAUCACAAAGAUAACACUGAUGAUGAAGAGAGUGAGAAAAUGAGAGUCAGAGAUAAUAGGGUAGAAAAUGUAGAAUAG